GAAAGAAAUGGUGUUGGUAUGGUCAACUUCAUGUCAACCAUUCCUUGACAUCGACGCUUCAGCAACAUUCUCCCACCUCGCCCCCCCACUACAUGAACUCAUGACACAGAAAACGUACUCAGACUACCACGACGAGAUUGCGAAAUCCUCCAGACUACAGUUCCUGCACACCCACCUGGACCAUGUCAACCGGCCAACCAACAACUCUCUCCGUCCUCAACCAUACACAUACAGCCAAACGCAAAAGUCAUGCGAAUCGCGCGCAAAGCUGAAUGCACCCCCGCACAUUCGACGACAACGGGAGAUUACAAAACGCGUCCAAACUCCAUGGCCAAGGAGUCUUAGGAGCAGGUUUCAGUCAGGACAGCUGUAGAAUGACGUUGGACUUCUGCUCAUA